CGACUCGUCAUUCCUCUCUCGCGCUCCGCACGCUAUUGACGUGUCGCUCGCUAAACCCAUCCCAGUGUACGUGUUAGUGACUCUCACGAUGAAAGCGAUAACGGCAGUGUGUGCAACUGGCGCCUCUGUGCCCGCAAUCGCCAGCGGUCGUAUCCAACGGCAUAGGGAAGGAGAAAAUGCUGAGAUCCAAAUGUAUCUCUCGAAACUACAGGACUUGGUGCCUUUCAUGCCGAAGAAUAGGAAAAUCUCAAAAUUGGAAGUGAUUCAGCAUGUCAUCGAUUAUAUUUGCGACCUCCAGUCCGCCUUAGAGAACCAUCCUGCUGUUGGACAGUUUGACGCAGAAGCAGCUCUUGCGGCGCCUCCGUGCGCUGAGGCGCCUCAGCCGCGCCCUCACCGACGUCCUCUUGGACCUCGUUCAACACCAAACACCAUCCUUCGCAGAUCAUCCUCCAGUCAAGAACACAGAAAUCAAACGACACCUGAAAAGCAGAAUCAACAAGACAGGCCGUCGUGCUAAUUGAUGUGCAUAGUUUUAAGAGACAAUGUAAAUUAUGAUAAAUAUAAGAAGAUACCUUGAAUCGUGGCAGUUGCCGCGGCGGUAGGCGAUGCAAAAGGCGCUGAAGAGGAAGGUGAGACUUCCAACAUCAGUUCCAGUGAAGAUCAUCUCAUGAUGAUGUCCUAAGCACGAUCUCGUUAUAUACGAUCAAAAAAUUACUUUAAUUUAAUCGUUUCGUGGCAUUACGAUGAAGACUUGAAUAUUGCAAUGCAAUGAACCGUUGUCGUUGAGUCAACGGACUGUUUUGUUAUAACGUUUUAUGUAAAAAGCUUUACUAGUUAUUAGUCAGAUGAAUGUAAAUUUUCAAUGUUUGUAAAUAGGUAUGUUGAGUGGCAAGUUAAUGGAACACCUGAAAACAUCCUAUCUCUUUCGGUCUCUUGAAAUAUGUGUAGACAUUUGUGAAUUGUACAGUUUUGUGUAACACAUUUCCUACGGUAAUUCGUAACUAUUUAAAAAAAAAAAAUCUUUUUUAUUAAAUUCAGUCCUAGAUUCUUAGUUUUAAAACGAUGCUUCCAUUUAUAUCAAAGAAGUAAAUCAAUUUUAAGUUGAUUUACAUAUAUAAUUUUAUUAUUUUAAGUUAUUAUUUCGUGAGUGUGAUUUUGCAUGGCAAGUUUUGCUAUUAGUAAUAUGGAAAUAAAUUAUCAGAGUGCAAACGCAAAUUUCUUUAUUAAUUUAUCGUUGCGUUAGCACACAACUAUAUUAUGUAAAUAGUGUAUGUAAUGAAGAAAAAGAUAUAAAACAUAGCGAAAAAUUGAGACCUAUUACGAUUUUAUUUUGAAUAAGGUGGAAAUGCUUUAAUUAUCUUAAUUCUUAUUACUUACGAUGUAUUAUAAUUUUAAAUAGACUGUUAUAGUUUUAGUUAUUGAGGGAUGCGUCGGUAGAGGUCAAACAAACUGUGUUGUUAGUAGUAUAUAUGUGCCGGUUGGCACACUGUUACUAAAAACAUAAUAAUAAAUUUAUAACACGGUUAAAGCCUCGGGCAACCAAUGGGUUAUACAUAAAGUUACACGUCAGUAUAGUAAUAUUAAUAUGUGACAAACUGUUCUAUCAAGUAAACUUAUUAUGAUCUAUACGACUGUAAUGUAUGGAUAGCCCAAAACUAACGUCACAAAUUGUUUAUGUCAAUAAUCUGUAUUUCAUAAUGUUUUCGUCCAUUUUCCUUUUUAUUUAGUUAUAAAUUUCGCACUGACUUGUCUUGAUAAGUUGUCAGAUAAAUGAAACAAACAGAAAAUUAAAAUAUUAUGAAUAUA